CUGGAGAAUUUCCUCUGUCUCUUCCACUACGUGCAACACCACCCCUACCAAAACGCCAAUGAUGCACUGAAGUUCUGCUCAGACAUGAGUGGGGCCAGUAACACGCUGGCAAGAGAGUUCCUCACUGAUGUUCAUCAACUAUGCAGUGCGGUGGCCCAGAGACCCGAGGCCCGGGAGGAAGACGAGGAGGAAAGUCACAUGGUGGCGCUGGGCGAAUACCUGGUCAGGGGGCGGGGCUUCUUGUUGCUCAGCACCCUAGAUGCAAUCAUCGACCAGGAGCUGACUUGUCGAGAGGAGCUGCUCAGGUUGCUGCUGUCGCUGCUCCCGCUGGUCUGGAAGAUCCCAGUUCAGGAGGAGAAAGCUCCAGAUUUCAUCCUGCCGUCCCUGCUGGAGGCUUUCCUGAACCGGGACGUGAAGUCCUUCCCUCUCAGAACCGGACAGAAGGCUUCGACAGACGAGCCGAGCUCUGGGAGAAGGACUCGCGUCGGCAGCGGCACGUGGAAGUCACGGCGGUCGCGCAGAACAGCGCAGAGAUACUCGGUGAAAGAUGCUCGAAGGUCCCAGGUCUCCACCUCAGAUUCAGAGGCCAACUCCGAGGACAGAACUGUCCCGGGCUCAGGCGGCGCCAGGAGCCGGCGAUCGCACGGCUCCACCCUCCAGGUAAGCUGUCAGCAUCAUCGCUCGGAGGCGUCGCAGCUAACCUCCACCGCCACCAACACCGCAGAAACCAUGAGCGCGCCGUACCCCAGAGCCCCAGGGUCCCAGAUGGUGGACAGCGAAACCCUGACAGACCCGGCUGCUGUAUCGAUCUUUAACCGCAUGGAGAACUCGCCCUUUGAUCUCUGCCACGUGUUGCUCUCCCUGCUGGAGAAGGUGUGUAAAUUCGACAUGAGCACUAGUCACAACCCCGGCCUGGCGGUCAGCGUCGUACCGACGCUCACAGAGAUCCUGACCGAGUUUGGCGAUUGCUGCGGUCCAGGUGGGGGCGGAGGUGGAAUGGGAGCGGAGGAGCUCGCCGGAGGUUGGACGGAGGAGCCGAUCGCGCUGAUUCAGAGGAUGCUGCUACGCACCAUUCUGCACCUGAUGUCUGUGGACGUGAGUCAGAGUGACAGACUUCCAGACAGCCUGAGGCGCAGCCUGACGGACCUGCUGCGGGCCACCCUCAAGAUCCGCAGCUGCUUGGAGAGACAGAACAAUCCUUUUGCUCCGAGGCCCAAGAAGACUUUGCAGGAGGUCCAGGACGACUUCUCAUUCUCCCGUUAUCGCCACCGAGCGCUCCUGCUCCCAGAGCUUUUAGAGGGGGUGCUACAAGUGCUCCUUAGUUGCCUCCAGGCUUCGACACCCAACCCCUUCUUCUUCAGCCAGGCUCUGGAGCUCAUCCACGAGUUUAUCCAGCACCGGGGGCUUGAACUCUUUGAGACCACGGUGCUGCGGCUGGAGGGACUCAGCCGCGCCCGAGACUCGGAAGUGGGAAGAGAGGCUUCGGAGCGGUUACGUGGCCUCGUCGCGGGGGUCUUCAAAAUAAUCAGCGCUGUCAAGAAGGCGAAGUCAGAACAGCUGCAUCAGUCUGUGUGCGCCCGCCGCCGCCACCGUCGAUGUGAGUACUCCCACUUCCUGCAUCACCACAGAGACCUGUCCGGUUUGCCCGUCUCUGCGUUCAAACAGACUGCGAGACGCAACCCGUUCGAAGAGGAAGAAGGCUCCGAGGGGGACGGCGUGCGUUACCCCGAGCGCUGCUGCUGCCUGGCGGCCUGCGCCCACCAGUGCCUGCGGCUCCUGCAGCGCCUGUCGCCCAGCGGGCCGGCGGUGCUGCAGGUGUUGGCAGGAAUCCAGGCCGUCGGAAUCUGCUGCUGUAUGGACCCUCGUUCAGUUGUAGGACCCAUGCUGCACGCCUUCCAGGCUCCAGGUCUGCGCAGCUACCAGUCUCACGUGCUCAGCGUGCUGGGAAGGCUGGUUUUAGACCAGCUCGGUGGGGGUCAGCCGUCUGAGAAAGCCAAGCUCGCUUCGUGUAACAUCUGCACUCUGGACAGCAGCCAGCUGCCAGGCCUGGAGGAGACUCUGCAGCAAGGAGAACCUUCGGCUGUUCCUACUACUUUACGUUACCGCUCCCAGGGUAUUCUGCCCAGCGGAGGGGGUGCAGAGGACAUGCUGUGGAAGUGGGAUGCUCUGGAGGCUUAUCAGGAUCUGGUGUUCGGUGAGGACCAGCAGCUGAGCCAGCAGAUAGCUGGCCACGUGUGUCACCUGACCCUGCGGGGCAAUGCCAUCGUGCAGUGGCAGCUGUACACGCACAUCUUCAACCCUGUGCUGCAGAGAGGGGUGGAGCUGGCCCACCACGCCCAGCAGCUGGGGGUUUCUACCGUCUGCACCCAGGUCUGCAGCUACCACGCACAGUGCCUGCCCGUGGAGGUCCUGCUCAUCUACCUGCAAACGUUACCAGCACUUCUUAAAUCGAGGGUGGUACGAGGCCUUUUCAUCAGCUGUAACGGGCUCAACCAGGUGACGGAGCUCGUGUACCUGGACCAGACCCGGUCUCUGGCCUUGAAGGUGUUUGAAACUCUGAUAAUAGGUAUCGGACCUCAGCAGGCUGAUGGAGUUCUCCAGGAACUGGAGGGUGCUGAUACCAAAGACAGGGAGGCCGCCCUAUGUCUGGCUGAUGAACUGGGGUCCCGAGGGGUCGGGGAGGGUCCGCAGAGCCUCAGCAAGUUCUACGAAGGCCUGAAGGAAGCAUAUCCGCAUUGUAAAAGCCAUAGUGGGCAGGGUCGUGGGCCAGGGAGCAGCAGAACGGAGAUCCACCUCCACGUUAUCAACCUCUUCCUAUGCGUGGCCUUCCUCUGCGUGAGCAAAGAGGCCGACUCUGACCGGGACUCCGCCAACGACUCUGAAGACACCUCAGGUUACGACAGCACAGCCAGUGAGCCUCUAGGUGGGCGGCUGCCCUACCUGUCCCCAGACAGCGUGGCCUUGCCCUCCAAAGAGCAGCUGCGGCGCGCUGCAGAUGUUUGGUCGGUGUGUCGGCUGAUCUACAUGGCCAGCCCUUUGUUCCAGAGACAGUUCUUCAAGCUCGGAGGACUGGACGUGUGCCUGCGCCUCAUGACCAUGGUCAUCCAGAAGCUCUCCUGUAAAACAAAGGACGGCAAAGCAAAGAAGAAGAGAGACGGUAGAGGGAAAGGCAGCCCCGAGUCCACGGUUCCAGCUACCUCGCUCGGACCUGAGGAGACCCCUCGUGAUUCAUCGGACGUUCACGUUGCAGGACUAGGUGAAGGAAAAACCAAAGAUGUUGCAAAGAAGCUGGAAGACGAGUGGCAGCUACAAAGUAUUCGUCUCCUCGAGGCCUUGCUAGCUAUCUGUCUGCACAGCGCUAACUCCGCCAUGCAGAGGACAGAACCUGAGCUUUCAUAUCAGCUUCAGUCUGUUGAGGACACCUUGUUGGAAGUAAGAGACCAGCUGUCUCGCUCAGGGGUGGUGAACUCCGACCUCGCCGUCCCCCUGUUUGACUCUCUCCUGCGAGUGGCCUUGGCUGAGGCGUCUUCGUGUGCGGAUGUUACCGAGGAGAAGCCAGACAGGAAGCUCCAGGUGUUUGCCGAGGGGGCGGCCCCAGCAGGCGAUCUUUCUGAGGAGGUGGAUGAGGCGCAGAGCUGCAGCGUCAGGCUCCUGGGGGAGGAGGAGGGCUACGACGCUGAUAGCGAAAGCAACCCGGAGGACAUGGCCAGGCAGGAAGAGGGGGGGAAGGUGGAGCCGGCCGGGCUGUGCGAGUUCGCUGCGGCGGACGGGCCGGGGCGUGGCGUGCUGCUGUUCCCCGAGAUCUGCUCGAUGGAGCUGCAGCUUCUUGCCUCCGGCUCCCCGGACCUGGAGGUUCUCGGCCACGUGUUUCACAGCCUGCUGGGUGCAGUGCGUGCCAACUGCCGCAAUGCUGCUUUGCUCUACGACCAGGCAGGCGUCAAAACAAUCUUAAGUGGCUUCCACAGCAUCCUCAGUCAAACAGACCCCUCCUUUACAGAUUGCCAGACGGUGCUGGUGGAGCUGCUCGUUGCCAUGGUGAGCCAGCGGAUCACGGCGGAGGAGCUGGCUCUGUUGAUCCGCCUCUUCCUGGAGAAGACCCCUCCCACCGAUAUUUUACUGAAGGGUAUUUUACAAAUCAUCGAAGCCAACAUGAACGUGGAGCCCCUUCACUUCCUGACGUUUCCGGUGGUCCUCGGGGCUUCCACCUCGGCGUCGUUGUCUCCCGGCUCCCGGCAGAGCUGCGCUGCUGGGGGGAAAGGCGUGGGUUUGCUCUGGAAGGGCAAGCUGUCUCCGGGUCGCAGGGAGGGGGACGCCGAGUGCCGACCGAGCCACCUUCGCUCCUCGCCGUGGCACGUCGCUCCGCUCCACCUGCCCCAGGUGGGGCAGAACUGCUGGCCUCAUAUGGCCAGCGGUUUCAGCGCCUCCAUGUGGCUGAGGGUGGCAGAGCUGGAGGAGAAGGACGGGGACAAAGGUAAGCUGCAGAUCACUCUGCAGGAAGACUUUCUGCUUCGUGUCCAUAAAUAUGAACCGGUUCGCCUUGUUUUCCUAGAAGAAAGCAGUCCUCCUGCACCCGAGUCCCUCCGUGUUUCAGCUCCGACCGGACCAAAGUCCGAGGAAAGCCUCGUCCAUAUUCUGUCCAUGGGCUCCAAGGCGCUGAUGCUUCAAGUGUGGGCGGACUUCUUCACAGGCUCCCUCACCUUCAGAAUGUGUAUAGAUCCAAAUGACGAAAUAAAAGCCGGGCUGUUGGCGCAGGCCGAGUCCGGGGACGGUUUGCUCAGACGUGGACAGUGGCAGCACCUCAGCAUCACUUACAGCCAGCAGCCGGAGGGCAAGAAGAACAUCCACGGCCGGGUGGUGGUCUGGCUGUGUGGCGUCUGGAAAUGUGAAGUGUCUUUGGACUUUACCCUACCAAGAAAGUCCAGUUUGUCCUCUGACAGCAACAAGACGUUCUGCAUGUUGGGUCACUGUGCUGCGCUCUCUGAGGAGGGGGGCCGGUGGAGCAUGGGCUCCGUGCUGCUCUUCAACGGGUCUAGAAUAAAAGCUGAAGAGGCCUUCUAUCUGUACUCCCGUGGACCGGACCUCACGUCAAUCAUGCCCUGCAAGUACGGCAAGCCAAGUGGGUCAUUCUCCAAGUUUGUGUCUCAGGAAGGUCUGAAGUGCGAACAUGUUCGAGAGAUUCUGAUGAAGAACAAGGAUAUAGACUCAACAGCGCUGGUUGAGAGCUUGGCGGUGGUUUACGCCCCCAGCAGUCCAAGAGUCUACACAAUCUACGAGCCAGUCAUCAGACUGAAAGGUCAGACCAAGACCGUCGUCACCCAACGGCCCUUCAGCUCCAAAGAGGUCCAGAGUGUCUCUCUGGACCCCGGCGCUCUCAGAGCUCUGCUUCCCAGCCAAACCCACGGCCUGCAGAGCGUCCUGCACAAGAUCGGAGGGACGGGAACCUUUGUCUUCCUCUUCGCACAGACGGUGGAGCUGAGUAACUGUGAGAAGACCCAGGCUCUGGCCCUCCAAGUGCUGCUCUCUCUGUGCAAGCACAACCAGCACCGCAUCCACGAAAUGGACUGUUACCAUGGUUACGCCAUGAUCCACCAGGUCCUCAUCAAGUCCAAAUGUACCGUAGGAUACCAUAUGCUGAAAACUUUACUUGACGGGUGCUGCAGUGGGCCCAUUCUCGUCCUGGGUGACGACGGUCAGUUUCGACUGGACGCCGAGUCGACCGCUGUGGUGCAGGACUUAAGGUUGCUCUCUGACAUCCUGCUGGACUGGAAGAUCUGGGCCAAAGCUGAGUGUGGCGUGUGGGAAACGCUCCUCGCUGCUUUAGAGAUCCUCAUCAGGAUGCAGCACCCCCACCAGGUGUACAAUAUCCGGCAGUUCCUGAAUGCUGAAUUAGUGCAUCGUUUCCUGCUCACCUGCCAGGUGCUACAAGAGCAUCGAGACGAGCAUCUAACAGCCAUCCCUCCAGAGGUGUGCCUGUCCUUCAUCAAGAUCAUCCAGGAGGUGCUGGGAUCUCCUCCGGACAUGGAUCUGCUAAAACUCAUCUGCAACUUCCUGCUGGCCGUCCACCCGCCUACCAACACCUACGUCUGCCACACUCCAUCCAGCUUCUACUUUUCACUCCACACAGAUGGGAAGCUGUACCAGGAGAAGGUGCAGUCCAUUAUGUACUUGAGACAGCACUCCAACAGCGGAGGAAGGUCUGCCAGCAGCUCCGUGGUGUCCCUCUCCCCGACUGUUUUUGCCGAUGCCCCUCAUGAAGGCCAUCAGCACGCUCCGUCCCCUGAACAUGGAGGAGACGAUCAGUCGUUACGCCCCCCUAGUCUGGCUCCGUCCCCGUACUCCUCUCCUCUGCUGACCCCUCGGCUCGGACACGGCAGCUCGAGCGAAGCGGCUGAAGGAGACGGGGUCUCCCUGACCUCUCAGAAAACGCUCAGCAGCACGGACACUCUGAGGAAGGCCGGAGGUGACGAGCAUCUCCUGAGCAGCUGCGAAUCAGCCAAGACGAUCUGUGACCCUAAGGACACAGCAGAGGGGGCUGCGCCGCGCACCCCGUCCAUCAGCGUGGAGGAGGACCGAGACGAGGCGGCUGAAGUGGACAGUCUGGCAGAGGGCAGCAUGGGGGGCACGGAGUCUGAAGACAGGUUUGAUUGGGCCAGCGAUGAGGCGCCUCGCCGCCCCGACAGCCUCAAGGGCAUCCAGUCCUUCCAGAGGAGCCACAGCAACCUGGCCAGCCUGGGGCUCGCCUUCCCGUUUCCUAACGGUUCGUUGGCGGGCGCCCGCUGGCCCGGCUCAGCCGACCGAGGCUCCGUGCCUGAAGACUGGGAGAGCUACACCUACUCUCCGGCCUACGAGAGGACGCACAGCAAGACAGAGUCCAACGACAGGUCCAGUACAGAGGACUGCUUGGUGCUGGUGUGCCGCGGACUCUACGAUCUUCUGAGGGGCGUCCUGUUGCUGUUGCCUGACCUCAUGCUGGAGGAGGUCAUGGACAAGCUCGUCCAGCCGGAGGCUCUGGUGGUCCUCGUCAAUCACUCUUCACCUCUCAUCCAGCAGGGAGUCAUGAAGCUGCUGGACGCGUAUUUCAGCAGAGCUCUGAAGGAGCAGAAGGAGAAGUUUCUGAAGAACCACGGCUUCUCGCUGCUGGCUAACCAGCUGUACAUCCACCAAGGCAGCCAGGGGCUCCUCGAGUGCUUCCUGGAGAUGCUGUUCGGAAGGCCCAUGAGCCUGGAUGAAGAUCUGGACCUGGAGGAAAUGGAAAACAUCUCGCCCUUCAGAAAGCGCUGCAUCAUCCCGGUGCUGGGUCUUAUCGAGAACUCCCUCUACGAGAACUCCUUGGUGCACAACAUCCUCUGCAUGCUGCUGCAGCUCGUCAACGCCGGCCCCAAGCUGGCUGACAUCCUGCUGGACCACGGGCUGCUCUACGUGCUCUUCAACACCCUCUCCACCCUGAACGGCAUGGAGAACUGCAUUCCCCUGAACGACUACAAGCUCCUGGUGUGUGACGUUCAGCAGAUGUUAGUGGCUGUGACUAUCCACUCCUGCAGCUCCUCAGGGUCCCAAUACUUCCGCAUCAUCGAAGACCUCAUUACUUUGCUGGGAUUCAUGCAAACCAGCAAGAUGCGGCGCACGCAGGAAAUGGCCGUGGCCCUGCAGUUCCGAGUCCUCCAAUCAGCCGUUGAGUUCAUAAAGACGACGGCUAACCAGGAGCCUCAGAAGCCGAGCAGUUCCGUCAACGCGCCGAGCUCCCCGCACCACGCCAUCUAUCAGAAGCGUAAGAGCAUCGCAGGUUCCGUUGCCGUGAAAGACUCCAUUAUCCCCCGCAUCCCCAGACAGCACUUCUGCUCCUACGGUCAGAUCCCCGCGGUCUCUCCCUUCAGCUUCCUGUCCCAGGUCUCCCCCCUCCCCUCCCCCAGCGGCGCUCCAUCCUACACGCUCCACUGUGACGCAGGCCGGCGCCGGUUCUCUCUGGCCCAGACCGACUCCCUCCUGAUGCGGAUGCGUUCUGUCGCCAGCGAUGAGCUUCACCAGAUGAUGCAGAGGAGGAUGAGCCAGGAGAACCCCAUCCGCGCCAGUGAAACGGAGUUCGUCCAGCGGCUGCAGAGGCUGGUGGUGCUCGCCGUCAACAGACUCAUUUACUACGACGUGAGCGAGGAUUUAUUCGACCUGCUGAACAUCCCGGACUCUCCGGACCACCAGCCCUUCACGCCCGAGCCCGGCGAUCAACCUCACGACGAGAGUUCUUCCUCCUCGGUCCCACACUCUCCGAUUCCCUUCACCCUGCCGCCCGCCAACAAGAAGAGCUUUCAGAAAGACAUCCUUAAACUCAUGAUGGACGGGAUCAAAGUCAGCCUGGGCAGCACAGGUCGUGGUGGAGCUCCGAACCAUCAGUGGAGGAGAAUCCUGUGGUCCUGUCGGGACACCUUCAGGGUCCAAAUAGGUCGUCUUCUGGUGCACACGCUCAGCCCCGCGCUGCCUCUGAGCGACAGGAAGGAGGCGCUCGAGUUUGUGUUCGAUCCUAAACACAUGGAUAUCCUGAAGGAGAGCCUCAGCCCCGGUCUGGAGCACGGGCCAAAGUUGUCUCUGUACCUGUACAAGAUGCUGCACGACCACAAGGACGAACUGACCAGAGAGGAGCAGAACGCCGUGGGCGCCUUCAUGACCUCCCUGAAGCUGUGUGGCCAUCGCUGCAUCCCCCCCAACGCUCCGCACAAACAGGACCUGCUCAAGGCCAUAAAGGAGGAGAAACUGAAAUAUGAAGCAGAGGAGAAAACCAGUAAAGUGGCUUGGGAAAAGAAACUGGCCAACACUCAGAAGAAUCUCAUCCAGAGGCUGGACGGGAAGUCCAAAGACAUUUCGAAGAUUGCGGCGGACAUCACUCAGAACGUGUCCCUGCGGCAGGGCAUGGAGAGGAAGAAGGUGAUCCAGCACAUCAGGGGCCUUUACAAAACCGAACUGAGCGCCAGCCGCCACUGGCAAGAGCUGGUGCAACAACUCACACACGACCGCGCCGUUUGGUACGACCAGACGUCCUACCCCAUGUCCUGGCAGCUGGACCCCACUGAAGGUCCGAACCGGGAGCGACGACGGCUGCAGCGGUGCUACCUCACCAUCCCGAAUAAAUACCUGCUCAAGGACCGACGCAAGCCCGAAGACUCGGUGAAGCCGCCGCUGUCCUUCCUGUUCGAGGACAAAACCCACUCCUCGUUCUCCUCCACUGUUAAAGACAAAGCCACCAGCGAGUCCAUCAGGUUCACCAGACGGUGCACCAGUGUCGCCCCCUCCAGAGAGACGGCCGGCGAGCUCCUUCUGGGGAAGUCCGGCAUGUACUUCGUGGAGGACAACGCCACAGACGCUCACGACAGCCAGAGCCUCCACGGGGAGACGGAGGCUCCUUCUUUCUCCUGGACUUACGAGGAGAUCAAGGAGGUGCACAAGCGAUGGUGGCAGCUCAGAGACAACGCCGUGGAGAUAUUCCUCACCAACGGCAGGACGCUGCUCUUAGCGUUCGACAACACCAAGUUCAGAGACGACGUCUACCACAACAUCCUGACCUCUGACCUCCCCAACCUGCUGGAGCACGGCAACAUCUCGGCGCUCACGCAGCUGUGGGGCUCGGGUCAGAUCACCAACUUCGAGUACCUGACGCACCUGAACAAGCACGCGGGCCGCUCCUUCAACGACCUGAUGCAGUACCCGGUGUUCCCCUUCAUCCUGCGCGACUACGCCAGCGAGACUCUGGACCUGCAGGACUCCAGCAUCUACAGGAACUUGAUUAAACCGAUUGCGGUCCAGUCAAAAGAAAAAGAGGACCGCUACGUCGACAACUACAGGUACCUGGAGGAGGAGUACAAAAAGGGCAUCCGUGAGGACGACCCCAUGCCUCCCGUCCAGCCUUAUCACUACGGCUCGCACUACUCCAACAGCGGCACCGUCCUGCACUUCCUGGUCCGGAUGCCUCCGUUCACCAAGAUGUUCCUCGCCUACCAGGACCAGAGCUUUGAUAUCCCGGACCGGACGUUUCACUCCAUGAACACCACGUGGCGUCUGUCCUCCUACGAGUCCAUGACGGACGUGAAGGAGCUCAUCCCCGAGUUCUUCUACCUCCCAGAGUUCCUGGUCAACAGAGAAGGUUUUGAUUUUGGCGUUCGUCAGAACGGCGAGAGAGUGAAUCAUGUGAAUUUACCCCCGUGGGCUCGCAACGACCCUCGUCUGUUCAUCCUGAUCCACCGACAAGCCCUGGAGUCGGACCAGGUCUCCCAGACUCUGUGUCAGUGGAUCGACCUGGUCUUCGGGCUCAAGCAGAAAGGCAAAGCUGCCGUCCAGGCCAUCAACGUCUUCCACCCGGCUACAUAUUUUGGCAUGGACGUAUCGGCUGUAGAAGACCCGGUCCAGCGACGGGCCCUGGAGACGAUGAUUAAAACCUACGGUCAGACACCCAGGCAGCUCUUCAACGCCUCCCACGCCAGCAGGGCGGCCCCCAAACUCAUGAUGGAGGGGGAGCUGCCGGCAGCCAUGGGGCUCCUGGUUCAGCUGGCCUUCAGAGAAAGAGAACAGGCGAAGGAGAUCGUCUGCCCGAGCCCACUGCCUUGGAUCAAAGGUCUGAAGUGGGGCGAGUACGUGGGCUCGCCCUCUGCUCCGGACCCCGUGGUGUGUUUCAGUCAGCCCCACGGGGAGCGGUUCGGAUCCCUGCUGGCUCUGCCGACUCGAGCCAUCUGCGGACUGUCCCGCAACUUCUGCCUCAUGAUGAUCUACAGCAAGGAGCAAGGUGUGCGCAGCAUGCACAGCACCGACAUCCAGUGGUCGGCCAUCUUGAGCUGGGGCUACGCGGACAACAUUUUACGGCUGAAGAGCAAGCAGAGCGAGCCGCCCAUCAACUUCAUCCAGUGCUCCCAGCUCCACCAGGUGACCAGCUGCGCCUGGGUGCCCGAUGGCUGCCAGCUAUUUACAGGCAGCAAGUGUGGAGUCAUCACCGCCUACAGCAACCGCUUCACCAGCGCCGCGCCGUCUGAGAUGGAGGUGGAGUCCCAGGUUCACCUGUACGGACACACAGGUGAGGUCACCGGCCUGUUCGUCUGCAAACCGUACAGCAUCCUCAUCAGUGUCAGCGACGACGGCACCUGCAUCCUCUGGGACCUGAACAGACUCUGUUAUGUUCAGAGCCUCACGGGCCACAAAAGUCCCGUGACGGCCGUCUCUGCCAGCGAGACCACGGGAGACAUCGCGACGGUUUGUGACUCUGAGGCGGGCGGCAGCGACCUUCGCUUGUGGACGGUGAACGGCGACCUGAUCGGACACGUCCAUUGCAGGGAGACCAUCUGCUCCGUGGCGUUCUCCAACCAGCCAGAGGGCGUCUCUGUCAACGUCAUCGCUGGAGGUCUGGAGAACGGUGUCGUCAGGCUGUGGAGCACCUGGGAUCUGAAACCGAUCAGGGAGAUCACGUUCCCCAAGUCCAACAAACCCAUCAUCAGCCUGACGUACUCGUGCGACGGACACCACCUCUACACGGCCAACAGCGACGGCACCGUGAUGGCGUGGUGCCGACGGGACCAGCAGCGCAUGAAGCUGCCCAUGUUCUACUCCUUCCUGAGCAGCUACGCUGCCGGCUGACCUCCCCCCUCCCCUCUGCUCCUGCCUGCACUGACGGGGAGGACUCGACCUCCCUGAACGCACCGGACCGUAAACGAUGCCUUCUCCCGCUCCCAGCGUUAAGAGAAUAAAUCAAAAGUGUUACAUGUAAAUAGAAAUAUAUUUAUAAACAAUGUGAAGUCGAAUGUCGGAGGAAUGGAGGCCGAGGCUGCAACAGACACUUUCUACAAAACUUUGUUUCAUGUUCGUCUUGAGUUUUUUUCUCUCUCGUCUUUUUUAUUUUUGUUGCUCGAAGCUGCUAUCCUCUGGCCAAAGUCCAGAACGUG